AUGGUAGAAAAGUACAUCAACAUGGAGGAGAACUCUCGACUUAGGGAACCUCUGGCUCGGCCAAACCUGCCCUACCAAGCCGGCGAGAAAGAUAAGGAACCUAAAAGGAAAGAAGAACAGAGCACAGAGAAGCCCUGGAAAUACCACAAUUACACUCCCCUUAGAGUCUCACUAGUAGAUGUGUAUCAAGAGGUAUGCCACACGGAGAAGCUCUCCCCUCCCCCCACAUCCGAUCAAACACAAAAGGGAGGAUGUCGGAUAGAGUACUGCGAAUACCACAAGCUCUACGGACAUUCCACCAAUAAGUUCUAUUACUUAAAAAAUGUCAUAGAAAGGCUGGUAAGAGAAGGCCGGCUAGAUAGAUACCUAGCCAGCAGAUCGGAUGAUCCAAAGAAAAGAAGAAGGGACGAAGGGGAAGAACAACAAGAGCGUCCACCUCAGACCCCAGAGCGACAUGUACACAUGAUCAAUGGGGGGUUUGCUGGAGGAGGAAUAUCAAAAUCAUCCCGGAAAAGGCACCUCAAGGAGGUAUAUCAAGUUGGGAAAAGCAUUAAACUUCCCGAUUUGCCAACCAUCUCAUUUACUAAAGAGGACGACGAAGGGAUAACACCAGGACACGACGACCCGGUGGUAAUAACGAUAAUUUUAGCAAAUGCCAACCUCCACAGAAUCCUGAACGAUCAGGGUAGCUCGGCGGAUAUCUUAUUCAAAUCCACUUUCGAUAAGCUUGGGCUGGAAGAAAGGGAUCUAAAGGCCUACCCGAACAGCCUGUUCGGGUUAGGGGACACACCAAUCCAGCCCCUCGGGUACAUCUCCCUAUACACCACAUUUGGAAAGUGUACAAGAUCAAAGACACUAAGCAUAGAUUACAUCAUUGUUGAUGUUAACUUGGUGUACAACCCUUUGAUAGGUCGGACCGCUCUGAACUAA